AUGCCCCGGAGCAGAAAUGACUUCCUGUUUGUACAUCUUGUGGCAAUACCCCCUAGAAGGCCUAUUGUUAAGCAGAUAAUCGGGGGUAUACAGGCCAGAAUUAGUCAACAUAGAUUUACUGCGGAGGAAAUACUAAACCACCUAGAUGAUUCAGAUUUUGACAUAUCUGACACCGAAGAGGAAGAUUCUUCAGAUGAAACCUUCAAUGCAGACGACGAUCUAGACUCUGAUGAACAUGAUAACAGUGAUUCAAAUGAUGAUGACGAUGACGAAGAAGAACAAGGGGAAGAAAAUACUGAAAAAAAACAAAUUAAGUGGUAUACAAAACCAUUUCAAGCUGGAAAUACAACAUGGAGGGGAGAUUUUGAUUUAGGUGCACCACUGGAAACUCCAGCAAAAUACUUUUUCAAGUAUUUCAAGCCAGAGAUUUUUACAACAUUUGCAGAACAGACCAACAUUUACUAUCUACAGAGCAAGGGUACAGAAAUAGCCACUACUGAAAGUGAAAUGCGGAAGUUCUUUGGUGCAACAAUCCUCAUGGCGAAUCUUCGCUUUCCACGUAUUCGGAUGUAUUGGCAAUACAUGACGAGGGUUGACAGGAUUGCUAAUGUAAUGCCUGUUAACAGGUACUUCCUACUCCGUACAAAUCUGCACAUAAAUGCAGCUCGAGAACCUGAUGCUGGCAACACAAACAAGUUCUGGAAGGUAAAACCUGUUCUAGAUGCAGUCCGAAAUCGCUGUGUUGAGCUACCCCGUGAGGAGUACUGUGCUGUAGACGAGCAAAUGAUACCGUUUACUGGGCGAGUCCCCACUAAACAGGUCAUCAAGAGUAAGCCCAAUCCAGUUGGAAUUAAGAACUUUGUACUUUGUGGUAAAUCUGGAAGGGCACUGGAUUUUGAGUUCUAUCAAGGGAAAGGGACAGGUAUUCCACAAGAAACAAAGCAUCUAGGGCUUGGUGCUUCAGUGGUUAUUUUACUAACAAACACUAUACCACGACAAAUGAAUUACAAAAUUUGUUUUGAUAAUUAUUUCACUGGUAUUCCACUUAUUAGAGAACUAAAGUCAAAGGGAAUACUUUCCGUUGGCAAUCGGCUGAUGAAUAUUUAA